AUGCUCUCCCGCUGCAUGCGGGGGGGAAAGACGACGGUCCUGUUGUACGUCUUCGACCGCUUGCAAGAACAGGGCAAGAAGCCUGUGUUCGUCAGCUUCAAUGGCGACGUGGCAAUCGACAAGGUGGCGAACGAAAAGCCGUUGGCCACUUUGCUGAGGGCUAUCGCUGUUGCUCUCAUGAACCAGAAAUCGCAGAGGAGGGAGAAUUUGUCUCGUCUGCGCUGCAGCGAGGAGGCGUUGAAGGCAUACCUGCAGGACAAGACCGACGUCGUGCUGAUCAUUGAUGAGCUUAACGUCUUGCUGCAGCCGAGUGCGACAGAUGACUACGCGGAGGUGGGCGCCUUCCUGCGCCGGGAAUUCCUAGACCGCGCAGGGAAGCACCUCAUAUUCUCCACCCACGUGCCCAGCAGUGCUGGCCUGGACCAGCUGCUGGGCAAGGGCGGGGGCAGCUCACGUGAGGCAGUGGCAGUGGCGAUGCCUAGGUCGACGCAGAUGCCUGCGCUCAGGAACAUGGACAACGAAUGCUCAGGACUGACAAUUUGCCAAGCCGUCUUCUACGGCUUCAUACCUUCCCUGAUCUACUCCGUCCAGACGCAGAAAACGUCCUUCAGCAUCCAAGGCAGAUUCCAAGCAAUAAGCGCUCCUACCCUUGACGCAGGCGUGACCAAGGAUUUUCUGACGGAAUUCUUCACAGGCCGGCGCUGCGGAGACAAACGGGCGAUACGAGCCUUCGAUGCCCUCACCGAAUGCCCAGGCAAAGGGGAGAUUCGCUGGAUCCUAGCGUACGUCGGUUGCAUGUUAUCUUACCUGGAGUUGGGGGAACUCUCUCAGUGGGUCGAGGAGAUUCCUGUGCUGGCCGGACAGGCCGAUAGUGGCAUGGACUGGCAGGCCAUCGUGCUCAUCGCGCUCGCUCUCCGAUGCGUCCAAGCCAAGCACGUCUCGGCCCACCAGCUCUUGGGCUUGCCAGCUGGGGCUCAGCCCAAGGAAGUGUACUUCUACAAGAUCCCGCCUGAGAACUGCCAACAACCGGAUGAUGUGCGGAGCUGGUGGAAGAAGCAGAAGAUCGAAGGCUACCCCUACGUCGCGGUGCUUUCGCCGAACUAUGCAAAGGCAGCCGUGUUUGAUGUCAUUUGGGUGUAUCAGCGUGACCCUCAGAGCAAGCAGGUGUUUAACGGAAUUCAAGAUAAGCUCGGGUCGACGACACCGAACCAGAACGUGCCUCACUGGUUUGAGAACGGCUUCCUGUUCAGAGGACGUGCCCCAGAAAAGGACACCACUCCCAGAAACAGGAUUGGCUGGACAUACAAGGGUGCAGAGGACAUUCUUGGGUUCUUGGGUGCGUCCUUGACAGCCGCCUAUCCCGCCAAUUGGCCCUGA